GAUAUCCACUGCGCUUCCGCAUUCAAAUUCGGGAAUGCUUGGCCUUGCCCUUGGCAUCAAGAAGGAAACAUUCAACGUUAAACUGUGGCUUAUUCCAUGUUUUAAAGGCUUUCUACGACUCGAGAUUCUUCACAAACAGCAAAGAUGGCCACUGUAAGGCGCUACUUGAAUCAAUUUGCAAAUCGCUUUUGCAUCACCACCUCACAGCAAUUAAUCUGGCUUGCCGUUUUGUCGUCAUUGUGUCUCUUUGUGUAUUAUCAGCUUUACCUUCACUUCACUACAAAUCACCUUGAGAGUGAAUAUUUUGUUGAUGCUACCAAGUGUCCGGCCUGCUUCGGAACGACCCUCUGCAAGCGUUUCAGUCGAGGAGAAUUUCAGUUCCAUUCAUACUCCUCCAUUCGCAUCCUUGAUUUCGUCAACCUCAAGAACGUCUACUUUGCUACCUACCUCGAUCAGAAACCCGUCGUCUUGAAGAAGCUCGGACACACCUCUGAACACAACCAGUUUGACCGAGACCUCUGUACCAACGCGGAAAGUGGCCUUCUUGGAUGCGACGUCUCGCAGCAGAUUUACAAGUCUAAGCUCUCGGAUAUCAUGUAUGCGGAUAGGCUUGAGGAGAAGGAUGUCAUGGGUCUAUCUGAUUUGGUUAGGUGUCCGUCUAGGAGGCUUUUAGACAGGAUUUGGGAUACGUUUGGAGAGAGGCAGUUCGAUCAUUCUUUGGCGAGAGAUAACAAGCUGAUGUUGGCCACAACUAUUGCUUUCAACCCAGAGCCACUCAUUUAUCAGGCUUUUCCUAACCGGAAAGGCUGGCCAUUCCCAGUGUACAUGGGUGCAUGUGGGAGGUUUACUGUUCAGGAAUACAGCGGGCAUACGCUAAGCUACUUCUACCAUUUUAACUUCAACGUCAGAGCUGCACUAGCCAUUCAGGCAUUGAAGAUAGCGGAACAACUAUCUGAGAACAGGGAAGAGUUUGCUCUGUAUCUCACUGACGUCUCAGAAGACAACCUAGCAGUGAACAGCAAUGGAGAGGUUCUAGUGAUUGAUGCUGAAAACAUCAUUGUAGUGGACAGGAAGAAGAUAAAGGAAGAUGCAAAACCCGGCUGGGAUGUGAAGCACCAGUCUGAACAUUCAGGAUGUGGAAGUAGAAGAGAAUGUAUCAUGUUCUCACAUACAGAUCUUUGUAAUCAUUACUACAGUGAUCAUAACUACUAUGCAGUGUGUCAAGGGCUAUUUAGUAAAGAUUCCAAGCACGGUGAUGGAGGGUCUCCAUAGCAUUAGUGAUAGCAAUAUUCAAAUGCUCAUAACUUUCUCAUUAUUUGUCAAAUUUUUCUCAAACUUUCGUUGAUCUGUUUCUUUGAUUUUUGUCUCACCUGCAUAGCAGAGUGAGACUAUAGGCGCCGCUUUUCCGACGGCGACGGCGGCGGCGGCGUCAACACCAAAUCUUAACCUGAGGUUAAGUUUUUGAAAUGACAGCAUAACUUAGAAAGUAUAUGGACCUAGUUCAUGAAACUUGGCCAUAAGGUUAAUCAAGUAUUACUGAACAUCCUGCCUGAGUUUCAUGUCACAUGACCAAGGUCAAAGGUCAUUUAGGGUCAAUGAACUUAGACCAUGUUGGGGGAAUCAACAUCAAAAUCUUAACCUAAGGUUAAGUUUUUGAAAUUUCAUCAUAACUUAGAAAAUAUAUGGACCUAGUUCAUGAAACUUAUACAUAAGGUUAAUCAAGUAUCACUGAACAUCCUGCAUGAGUCUCACAUCACAUGACCAAGGUCAAAGGUCAUUUAGGGUCAAUGAACUUUGGCCGAAUUGGGGGUAUCUGUUGAAUUACCAUCAUAACUUUGAAAAUUUAUGGAUCUGAUUCAUGAAACUUGGACAUAAUAGUAAUCAAGUAUUACUGAACAUCCUGUGCGAGUUUCAGGUCACAUGAUCAAGGUCAAAGGUCAUUUAGGGUCAAUGAACUUUGGCCAAAUUGGGGUAUUUGUUGAAUUACAGCCAUAAAUUUGAAAGUGUGUUGGUCUAGUUCAUAAAACUUGGACAUAAUAGUAAUCAAGUAUCACUGAACAUCCUGUGCGAGUUUCAGGUCACAUGAUCAAGGUCAAAGGUCAUGUAAGGUCAAAGAACUUUGGCCACGUUGGGGGUAUUUGUUGAAUUGCCAUCAUAUCUCUAUAAGUGUAUUGGUCUAGUUCAUAAAACGUGGAAAUAAGAGUAACCAAGUAUCACUGAACAUCUUGUGCGAGUUAUAGUAGUUUUCAAAAUCAGCACUGCUGAUAUAUUGAAUCGCGUGAUGCAGGUGAGACGGCCAGAGGCAUUCCACUUGUUCUGUUUUCACACAAGCUUUCUUGUUCCAAAGGUUUCAUUUUCCUUUAAUGUGUAUUGAUGCACACAAGAAACACAAAUGAAGUUAUUUUGUGCAUAGAUUGACUCUGAUUUUUUUUUAUUAGGCAAUCAUGUGAUAUAAGAACAGUAAUGUAGUUUGUGUAAUGAAAUGCAUUUAAGUUAUUUAUCAUAGGUAUAUGUAAACAACUCAUAGAAAUUUGUGAACAACUCAAAGGCUACCACGAUACAGUACACUGUAUAUUGUGAUUCAUGUGUAUUGAAAUAAUUGCAAUUUAGCUUUUUUUAAACUUAUUUAUUCUAUAUGCCACUCUGUUCAUUCAUGAUAUUCAUUGUUCAUUAAAUUAUUAAAUUUGCAAUAAGUAUCUUAUUUGUUUAUUAAUGAAAAAAUAUUAGACAAGCUGUUAUAUUGGACAAUUGUUUAUAUUCAUCUGCCAUUAAACUUUAUUUAACCCACCAAACGUAAAUGUAAAUUUUUCAAAAUAACUUAGCCUCAAUCUUGUACAUAUAGAUUUUGACAAUGUAAUAUCUUGAAAUGAAUCAUUAUCAUAUGUAUGCAUUUUUAAUUAUCAAGAUUUCAAAUUUGUAUUUUGAUUAUGAUCAGUACUACAGAAAACCAUGUAAUUUUAAUGAAUGUGCAAUGAAAUUGAUAACAAUGAUUUAUUUUUGUACUUGAGAAAAUGAUAUGAUUCUGCGCAAAGUUAUGCCAACGUAGAUAGAAGUUAAUAGAGGGGAAUCCACUGUGGGAAAUAAAAUGAUAUGUGUGGAAGAAGAAAUUAAACAGGUUGGUGAAAAUUUGAAAGAAAUUGGACGAAAAUAAGAAAUAUAAUGACAUUACUUGUACAGUUAAUAUGAAACCCAGAUAGGUAUGUUGCAAUUAAUACAAAUUCAUAAACUGAAUUAUAAAUUUCUUAUUUUUUUAAAUCUGAUUCAUACUUACUGAUAUUUGCUUCUUUGAUUUUUUGAUAAAAUUAACAUUACGAAAAUGUCCCGUUAAAAGCUCUCCGAGUUAGCCCUGGCAAACUCGGAAUUGAAACAUUGACUUUUCUGCAGCACCCACAAGAAACCUUAUCAUCCCCCAGACCGCAGAAUGCCCUCGGGUGCGAUAAGGGCUUGAUAACCACAGAAUAUACAACUACUGAAUUCCGACUGAGCUGCAUGGUUGAAUAGCUCUAUGGUUGAAUGAAACUCUCCUGGAACAAAAGUUGUUUCUUAUAAUGGAAAAGUUAUUAACAAGAAUUGGUAUCCCAGAAUAAGCUUUAAAGCAUGUAAAUUGAACUGGUAAUAGAUGAAAUAUACUCAAGAACCCUCUAAACACAGACAUUAUCAACUUGCAUUUCGAAGGGAGUAGCCAAAAUAUGUUAUUUACACAAUAGUCAUAGCCCAUCACUGGUUCUUGGCUGUGGUUUUUAGUUUUACCGCAAGCUAGUGCAGAUAAAUCUGACUUGCUUGAAAUUCUGGACAUCAUGAUUCGUUUUCUUGUUAAUUAUUUCAUCUUCAUUUUAUGAAUAGGACUUCUUAAAUUGAUAGCUAUCCCAGAUAUAACUUUGAAUGGCUGAAAAGGACCGAGUAUAAGCCAAGAUAUGUUAUAUUCGGUGUAUAUGUCUCUCUGCUGAGCGUGCUAACACGUUUGGCCUCGUUUAAAUUGAAACAUUGACUUCCGAGUUUCCCAUGUAGGCAAUCUUCGGGAACUCGGAAGUCAGUGUUUCAAUCUGAAAGACAGCAAACUCGUUAUCAUUGACUAGUCUAAUUCAUAGACCAGUAUACUGUUCUAUAAAUGUAUUUUUGGUUUGUUAUGUAAAUGAGAGUGGUGUAAAUCACUUCACAACUUUUAAUUAAAUGAUGGAAUUAUGAGGUUUAGCGUGGCGAUGAUAAUACUGAUAAAUAAUAUUUCUUAAAGUAUGAAAAAUGAGAUCGCAAUAGAUAUUAAUGAGUAAGCACUCAUUAAUUACACAGAUGGAAAGUGGAAUCGAUAGUGAAACAGAUAUGAGAAUGAGGAAGAAGGGGGAAGAAGGAGGAUCUGAGUCAGAAGGGAAGAAGAAUUAAGAAGCAGAGGGAGAGAGGAAGAGAGAGUAUGUAGAUGGGAUGGGGAGAGCCCGGGGGAGAGAUGACAGGUGGCAGCAAAGAGGGAGAGCUAGAUGAUAAAUCGCGCCUUCAAAAUGUCUGAGUACCAGACUAUCCAACCUAUUAAAUGGGUUUCAUUGAUGCGGUUAACUGUUGCCCACAAGGGACUACUUGUGUUUACUUUCUUCCAUAAGCUUCUUGGAGUUGGAACUCUCCCCUCUUCCAAAGGCAAUGACUCAAAUUUUAAACGAGCGGUUUUCGUCAUGAGUAUUUGAGUUGGAAUCUCCUUUAAAGGAAAUGUUAGUUUUGAUAUCAUUGUAGAUUAUGUGCCUUUAGAAACAGUUAGAAGUGAUAAUGUUUUCUUUGUACAUGCAGAUGGACCAAGUAAAUGCCUUAUCUCGAGUGAACCAUGUACUUCAUGGCUAAAAAACAAUAAAAAAUGCAAUUUUAACCUGCACACAUAACAGAAAUGUUUUGUUUUUUUGAUGUGCAUUUGAAUACAAGGUUUAGAUGUGCUAAAUUUGGGAUCACAAAACUGUAAUAGUUGAUGACAGGUUGACUUUGCUUUUAAGUAACAGUUUUUGUUGUGUCGGUGCAAGAACGCCCUUAGCAAAACAUUUGUGCGCACCCUAUUGGUAAAGAAACGCCCUUAUAUGUGCUGCUAAGAGCGUAUUUGCGCACUUGUGAUGCUCGAAAGUGUGUUUUUGAGGGCGUUAUUGCACUGACAACAAUUCGUUUUAAUAUGAUGUUGUUGGUUUUCUGACUUCUGGGCAUCUACUAGAAAUUACAGCUUAUCUUUUGAGUAUUUAAAGCCUUGAAAAGUAGAUUUACCAUAUUUUGUCUUUUUUGUAUUUAUAACUAAUGUUUGUAUGUUUCAUUGUUAGAAUUCUAGUGGACACCGGUCUUAUCUUUGGAGGAAAAUGUCUGGAUAAAGCAUAUUAGAAUCAAUAAGGCAGAAAUAAUGUUGUGUAUUUUUGCCUCUACAUUUUCAUGUCAUUUUUUUUUCAAGAGGUAAUGGCUUAAACCCAUAUUGAUACUUUGAAUUUAAUGAUAGAUUCGUAGAGCCUGUUGUUGCCAUCAAAGCUUUUUGAUUAGUACCGAUAUUUCUUUUCCUUAUUAUGUUUGGAUAGAAGAGUAGAUUGGCAUAAGUGCAAGAUAGGACCUGAAAUAGAUACUUUAGACUACUGAAAGGAAAAGACUGAUGUUGCCAAUUUCAAGAAUGGAUCUGAUCUAAUUAGGUUUCAAUUAAUUCAUUGUCCAAAUGAGUCUAUAGUGCAAUGUUCUGUUACAUUUCAGCAAUGAGUAAGUUGAACUAUAAAGUCAACUUGUAUUUUUGCAUAAUUGUUGUCAAUAUAACUUUGGUGGAUUAAUGAUACCGUCCAAACACUACAAACAACAUAUAUAUUGAUAUUAUUGAUAAUGAUUCAAUUUCAUAUUAUUGCAAUUUUCCAGACAAAUGAAUUGUUCAAAUGAUUUGUGAGGAUCAGCAUGUAGUAAACAGAUACAAAUUGUA